GUAUUACGUCAUAGGGGAGAAGGGACUGCUGAUUGAUCAGUGUGCUCUGUGCUCAGAUCCACGCGCAUCUUGGAUUGGCGGGUUAGAAUAAAUUUAUUUGACUGAUAAUCCAAUGUAAAAAUGACCAACAUUUUAAACAACGCAUGACGAAAUUUACAUUAAACUCGCAGAUGGCAGAGCAAAACAGAUCACAAGCAUCAGAAUGGAAGAGACCGGAUCAGGUAAUGCAAUUGCAUCGUUUAAAAGUGAGAAAGCGUGCACUCCAAGCACGUAUAAGCAACAUACGUGUCAACAGAGAAAGCAUUGGAUUAAAGUCUUCCGAUGUAAACAAGAAAUGUGAACUAGACUCCAGCAACUGUGUAGCUCAAAAACGUAAAAAUCCUUUUGCACAUGACAAGAGUGAUAAAAAACCUAAUAUAAUGUCUCCAGAGCUAGAAGCUAGUAAUGAUAAUACAUUGUUUGAAUUAUUAAAAAUUGAAGCUCCAAAACCAGACAAAGCAGAUAGUUCUAUAUCGGAAAGUUCUUUAACAUUCUAUAAUGUGCUUUCAAAAUUAGAAGGAAACAAGGCUACUCCAGAGCCAGAAAUACCAAAAGGUGAAAAGAACAUUCCAAUAGACUGGACUUUAAAGACUAAAAUGAGAUUUAUGUCUCCAAAGUCAUUUCCAUGGAAUUCUAAAUUAAAAACGAGUGAGGAGGCUUCCGGUACAACUGGUUUUGUAAGGUGUUUAGAUAUUAGCGAACAAGAUACAACUUUAGACACUAGUCCAAACGCGAGGCUACACAGGUGUUGUUUAACAUGGCAACAUCCUUCAUUACCAUGGUUAGAAUUAUUUCCUCGCUCUGCUGGCAAAGUGAGUGCUAAUUCAACAACUAAUUUGUCGAUAAUACACAAUAUAGUCGUCAAAAACGCUUUGUACAAAGACUGGAGCGAGAGCUUUAGGUCGCUUUUUCAUUUAUUACGAGCACAACAGUGUCCAUAUUUUUAUGUUUGCGCAAAUAAUUUCACCGUACUGUUUCGCGCCGCUGGAAUUUGCGGAAUAUCCGAAGCUCAUGCAUUUUUGACUCCGACCACACGUGGUUUCCGACAACUUUUAAAACAAGAAGAAAUAGAAUACACGAUGCCUCUGAGAAAAGAUUUUAAAAGACGAUCAGACGCGGGCGAUUCAGGGUGUGAAACACAGGAUUCGAGUAUAUCGAACGCCACGGUACAAUUAAGCCACGCAGAGGAUCAAGCUCCUGACGACGAUGAGGAUGAAACGCAAGACGAAUGGUUGCAGAGUCUAGGAGUUGACAAUACUGAAAUUCGUAAAAUUAAUAGCUCACAGGCACGAAUGACGUUAGAAAAAGAAACCGAAAUAGACAAUAUGAAACACUCUCUCAUUUUCGUGAAAGGCGCCGAGGUACAAGGUUUAUUCAAUUUUUUAAUUAAUUGUAAGUCUGCUAUUACAACAACCGGCCCAUUGGCUGGAGUGCCUCCAACUCUUUUAGCACCUACUGCCUUUCAUGGUGCCACGUUAAAACCAAUUAAGGUUAAAGAAAGCAUAGUACGCGUGGACAACGAACGGUAUUUUUCUCUAGAAUUGAAGGGUCCUCUUUUACCGCAUGUAUUGCCCUCUCUUUGUUCUUUAAUGAAAUCUAGUCAGUUGGAACAAUAUUCGGCGAGUUGUGCUCAACUAUACUCGACGACUUCGUUUUCGGCAGCAAAACAUGGACUUGAAGAAACGGAAUCGGAGAAUGCGUCCAAAAUGCCGCCAAAUGUGUUCGGCAAAGAGAAUUUGAGCGACUGUGGGUUUAACAAUGAAUUAUUGAAAUAUUUUUGCAGUUCCGACGCAAACUAUAUUCAGACAGUUGAAAAUAUUAAAUUUUCCAAUAAUCUAUACACAUGGUCCUAACGAAACAAUAUUCGUAAUUUUAUUAAUGACUAUGCUUGAAAUUUAAUUUAAGAACUUGAACAUAAUGACAUAAUUUAUUUUAAAAAGAAAAGAAUAGUUUGUCGAAGUAAGAUGUAAAUUUAAUUGCUAUUAUUAUAAUCAUUGUCAUCAUCGUUAGAAUUCAUCAAUUCUUAUUUUCAAUAUCGCCAUCAUCAUCCUUUUUAUAUAUUGUAACAAUUAUGAAUGGGUUUCCGACAAGUUUUUGUUUACAGUAAAUAGAACGUAAAUGCCCGAUAAGUAAUCGAUCGAUACAUAAUUAAUUUUCUUUUUUUUAAUUGCCGCAAAGUGUAACUAAUGUGACUUGAAAGUCACAGAUAUUUGCACAACUACGAAAGAUUAUUGCUUGUCGCAUUGUUCUGGUAGACGGUGCACGGAUCGUCCACUUUUUGUAGCAAUAAUUAUGUCGAAUACCUAUAUCACGAAUAUCUCGAAGGUUUUAUCAUUGUUCGAAUAUAGCGUUAAUAAUAAAAUUACGCAACACCCUUAA